UGGUGGUGAUGGACAGGAACAUCCGCAUAUCGCACGUUUCUCUUCAUUCUCUUCAUAUUGCAGAUGGUUUAUUGUUGAUUAUGGCUCACGAGAAGAUGCUGUACAUGUUACAUCAAACACCAAGCUCCUACACGAAAUGCUGAGAAGUGGGCUUCAGAACAUCCUCGUGGAAACCUUGUGAAACCCUAUUGCUCUGUAGGGAAACAUUGCUGGGAAGGUUUAUCACGUGGAACAUCUUCAGUUUCCAUCCAGCAUGAAGCUGAUGCUUUUAUAUCUCCUGUGUCUGACUAGUAUUGGUCCAGUCAUGGUGUCUAGCCAGAGAAUAAGCCACAUCCUCAUCCUCCAAAACAAGACCUGGGCAGAUGCACAAGAUUACUGCAGGACUUUGUACAUCGACCUGACUACAGCUAAAAGUCUCAAAUCUUUGCUUACGGUGAAGAACUCGUUAGCGUUAAGAAGCGUCACCGGGCCUGUCUGGAUGGGGCUGAACCUUAACCUUGACACCUGGCGUUGGUCCUUCAAUGGUCGUCUGCUGAACAACAUAACUCUAAGGAUGUGGGGUGCAGGAGAACCCAACAAUUAUAUGGGCCAUGAAUGGUGUGGUGCAAUAGACGGUUAUGGAUUAUGGUAUGAUACGACCUGCACAAGUUUAAAAAUCUCCAUAUGUUAUAGUGCGAGUGAUCCAAACAGGUAUGUUGGCGUCACUGUGAACCAGAACUGGACCAAUGCGCAGGCUUACUGUAGACAGUGGUACACAGACCUGGCGAGUCCAUUCAACUCCACCGAGAACAGCCUGGUACAAAACAUUUCAUUAGUCCAGGGGUAUUCUUGGUUCGGUCUAUCCAGAGACACCUGGAGGUGGGUAGAUGGGACAAAAGUUCCUGAAUACUUGUGGCAGUACCCUCUGCCUGAUAACGCUGUUCCCCAGGAAAACUGUGGGACACUUAAUGGGGGAAAACUUGAUGAUAAACAAUGCACCAACAAGUACUACUUCACCUGUGACGCCUUUCCGCUGGUGAAAUACGUGGUGAUGUUACACGUGAAGUCUGAUCAGAGUGUGUUCGGUCAUGCUGUGCAGUCUGCCAUUUUGCUGCAGAUCAAACAGAAACUGGAUAACGGUCUGAAGGUGUACUGGAGGGUUCAGACAGAUGGAAAGAUCUUUCAGAAGAAGACCCUGAGUUACAGCCCCUGAAGUUGGAUUUCUGGACAUGUCUCUGGUUCCUGUGUCUGACUCCUGUCUGAUUCUCUGAUUUCGGCUCUGAUUCUGGAAAUCCAGUGAUCCUUCAUUUCACACUUCAGGGGAAAAAAUAAAUCUGAUGUUUCAGUUUACACACAAAAUCAUCAUUAUCAGAUAAAUAGUUGUUCAUUGCUUUUAUUUCAUAACAGAAGGUUUAGUUAUUCACUUGUUUAUUUCUCUCUAAUAUUUGUUUAUUUGGUUUCUGGUUUCUGAGGUUUGUA